GUUUAUUUCUGCGCCUAACCAGCGUGAACUUGGGGCUGUACAAAAAUAGUUACCAGUUUGACAUAUGGUGGAAACAUGUAGUUUUUAUUUUGAAUAUCGCCUCGCGAAUUUAAUUUUAUGUAUUAUAAACCCGUGUCCCGUUAGAUGACAGUAAAAAUGGAUCCAGGAGGCAGUUCCAGUAGGCUGGGUGAGCACCGUGACCCUCACUGGUACAUCGACUCGGCGUACGCAUCGUCCCUCAAAGUCUCGCUCCGUUUACCCACCAGACAGUUUUUAGAAGCCGAAGUCAGAAUGCCGUCCGGCCACAUAGACCAGCCCCAGAUAGAAGACAACAGAGACGGAACAGUCAGCAUCAAGUAUGAGCCAAGGGAAGAAGGAAUCCACGAACUCUUCGUCAAGUACAAUGGAGAACAUGUCCAAGGCUCACCCUACAAGUUCCACGUGGACUCCAUAUCAUCAGGAUAUGUGACGGCUUACGGUCCUGGUCUUCUGAAUGGCGUGAGUGGAGAGCCUAGCGAGUUCACCAUCAGCACCAAGGGUGCAGGCUCCGGUGGACUGUCCAUGGCUGUGGAGGGACCUAGCAAAGCUGAGAUCACCUGCCAUGACAACAAAGACGGCACAGUUUCCGUGUCCUACCUGCCUACCGCUCCUGGAGAGUACAAGAUCUCCGUCAGGUUCGGAGACAAGCACAUCAAGGGAUCUCCAUACACCGCCAAGGUCACCGGUGAGGGUCGCAAGAGGAACCAGAUCUCUGUAGGCAGCUGCAGUGAAGUGACUCUCCCUGGCAAGAUCAAUGACAAUGACAUCCGUACGCUUAACGCUUCCAUCCAGGCACCCUCAGGCUUAGAAGAACCCUGUUUCCUCAAGCGUCUUCCCUCUGGUAACAUCGGCAUCAGUUUCACUCCUCGCGAGGCUGGUCAGCACAUCGUCUCUGUGAAGAAGAUGGGAGUCCACAUCCAGAACUCGCCAUUCAACAUUACCGUUCUGGCUCAGGAAGUCGGUGACGCCAAGAAAGUCAAGGUUUCUGGCAACGCCCUGAAGGAAGGCAAGACUCAUUCGGAGAACACCUUCAGUGUGGACACCAGGAACGCUGGUUACGGUGGUCUCUCACUCUCCAUCGAAGGUCCCAGCAAGGCUGAAAUCCAGUGUGCAGACAGCAAGGAUGGUGUGUUGGCCAUCAGCUACAAGCCCACCGAGCCAGGAUACUACAUCGUCAACCUGAAGUUUGCUGAUCAUCAUGUUGAAGGAUCCCCCUUCACCGUUAAGGUCACUGGUGAGGGCAGCAACAGGCAAAGAGAGAAGAUUCAAAGGCAGAGGGACCCUGCUCCUCUGACGGAGGUCGGCACCAACUGCAAGCUGACCUUCAAAAUGCCUGGUAUCACUUCCUUCGACCUGGCCGCCACCGUCACCAGCCCUGGAGGUGUCUCCGAAGACGCUGAGAUCCAGGAGGUGGAAGACGGUCUUUACUCCGUCCACUUCGUCCCUAAGGAGCUGGGCGUCCACACAGUCUCUGUCAAGUACAGGGAAAUUCAUAUUCCUGGAUCACCCUUCCAGUUCACGGUAGGUCCCCUCAGGGAUUCCGGAGCCCAUUUAGUCAAGGCUGGAGGUCCAGGAUUGGAGAGAGGAGAAGCUGGACGCUUCAAUGAAUUCAACGUUUGGACCCGUGAAGCUGGAGCUGGUCAGCUCGCCAUCUCCCUUGAAGGUCCCAGCAAGGCCGAGAUUGACUUCAAGGACAGGAAGGAUGGAUCCUGUGAUGUGUCAUACAAAGUUGACGAACCUGGUGAAUACCGCAUCGGUCUCAAAUUCAACGAGCAGCACAUCCCAGACUCUCCUUUCAAGGUCUACAUUUCGCCAGCUGUUGGCGAUGCCCAUCUUCUGGAGGUGGCUCAGUUCCCUGACUCAGCACAAGUUGACAAACCAACACAGUUUUACAUCCGCCUCAAUGGAGCCAAGGGUAGCUUGGAUGGCAGGGUGAUCGCUCCAUCAGGCAAGACAGACGACUGCUUCAUCCAGAACAUAGACGGAGACCAGUACAGCAUCAGGUUCAUGCCAAGGGAGAAUGGUGUUCACAACAUCAACGUCAAGUUCAAUGGAGUCCAUAUUCCUGCUUCUCCAUUGAGGAUCAAGGUCGGAAAAGAUGACGCUGACCCUGCAGCAGUUCACGCUCAUGGACCUGGGUUGGGAGCAGUCAAGACUGGUGUGAAGACGGAUCUGAUCAUCGACACCUGCAAUGCUGGUGUGGGUCUUCUGGCAGUUACCAUGGAUGGACCUUCAAGAGUCGCCAUGGACUGCACAGACGUGGAUGAGGGUUACAAGGUUCGUUACACACCUCUCGCACCUGGAUUCUACUACAUGAGUAUAAAGUACAACGGUGCUCACAUCGUUGGAUCACCGUUCAAGAUUGAAGCUACUGGUGCAAACCUCGCUGAAGUAGGAGCUCAGGAAACAUCGUCAGUGACAGUUGAAACUGUCCAGAAAGUCGCCAAGUCCAUGCAGAAGCUCGGUCCAGUACUGCCGAACUUCAAGUCUGACGCCAGCAAGGUCACCAGCAAGGGCAUGGGUCUGAAGAAGGCGUACCUUAACAAGCACAACCAGUUCACGGUGCACGCUGGCGAUGCUGGUAACAACAUCCUCUACGUAGGUAUCUACGGACCCAAGGGUCCUUGUGAUGAGGUCCAGCUUAAACACAAAGGCAAGAACAACUAUGAAUGCUGGUACGUCGUGAGAGACAGGGGAGAUUACAUCGUUAUCGUCAAAUGGGGAGAUGAACACAUCCCCGGAUCCCCCUACAAGGUGGAAGUCUAAGGGGAGAUACGUUAAAGGGGGUGGUAGCGCAUACAAACUAAAAAUGAAAAUCUAUUUUUUUUUCGAAUUUUUUGGUGUAAUUUUUUUUCUUAAAAUUUUCUAGUCAUUUUUAUCAUUUUAUUCAAUUUAAACUGUUUUUAGAAGAAAAUAUUUGGUGUGUAUGCGCUAUCGUAGAUUAUUAUUUUAAUUAUAUAAUUUUCUUAAAACGUUCAUUUAGAUAUGGAUUGAAAAUUUGAUUGUAAUGAUAAUUUUUAUGAUUUUUUGUUUUUCUUUAAAAAGUCGACACAGAAUUUUUUAGACGUAUCUAAAUAUGUUUUAAGUGUAUUACCAAAGCUUGAUUUAUACUACAGGAUAAGGAAAAGGUUUGUGCAUCCAUCUAGUUACUUUGAUCUCUUAAACGCCGUGUUUUUUUACUUUACAGUGUGGUGUCUAAUGUUAAGUAUAAUAAUAGGUAUUUUAUACAAUUGUGUGAUUUCGAGUUUUAGAAGCUAAGUCCGCUUAAAAUUUCUGUUGCGAAUAUUUUCAAGACCCACAUUGAGGGUAAAAAAA